AUGGAGUGGUAUAAGAAAUACGACAAAAUCUAUGGGCUAAUAGUGUCCGACCUGGAGCUCAUCAAACAAAUUCUGGUCAAAGAUUUCAAUGCAUUUCGUAACCGACAGCCACGGGCCAGGAGUAAGAAACAGAUCAUGAAAAGUAUGUUCAGAGCCAGGGAUGACGAUUGGAAACGAGUGCGGGCUAUAGCCAGCCCUACCUUCUCGUCUGGAAAGAUGAGGAAAAUGUAUGCCCUUAUCAACCGGUGCUGCGAAGACUUCAUCGAUAGCUUCGAUAAGGAUGUGUCGAAUGGUAUGAAUGAAGUCGAGUUGACGCGACUGAUGGGCGCCUACACUAUGGAUGUGAUCGCCAGCUGUGCCUUUGCUACCAAAACCAAUACAUACGCCGAUCCUAACAACCCGUUCAUUGCCAGUGCUUUCAAUAUUCGCAAUAUUGCCGUUUGGAAAGGGAUGUUAGACACGUUUAUCCCUAGAUUUUUAAUAAACAAUUAUAUAUACCGACGAGUGGUAGACGUCGGGGCAUCUGGAAUGGACUUCUUCAACGAUGUCACGAGAAGUCUAAUAAAGAAACGAAAGGAAAACCACGAAAAACACAACGAUUUUCUGCAGCUAUUAUUGGAUGCCGAGAGACCUGAAGGAGACAUACGAGAGGCCAGUGAUGCGAAUGAAGCACAUCAUGUGAAUGAGGGUAAGGAUGAGAUGAAAGCCAAUGCCGAGGCCUUCACCGGAGUAUCGGAGAAGAAGUUGACUGAAGACGAGAUAUUAGCGCAAUGUUUGACGUUUUUUACGGCCGGAUAUGGGAUGACAGCCCUUACUCUGUCGCACUGUACGUAUGAGUUGGCACUCAAUCCGGGACUUCAGGACAGACUCUAUGAGGAGACGAAAGAGGCUUUCAAUGAAAAGGGAGAAAUGGAUUACGAAGUCCUAUCGAGACUACCAUUCCUGGACGCACUCAUAUCCGAAACUCUUCGCAAUAGUCCGCAAAUACUUCAUCUUCAGAGGGAAGCCAUGGAAGACGUAAUGUUAGGCAAUACUGGAGUAAAGAUCGAGAAGGGAGUGUCCGUCGAAAUCCCGGUGUAUGCUAUUCACCACGACCCCAACCACUAUCCGGAUCCAUUCACAUUCAACCCUGAUAGAUUUAUGCCGCAAAACAGGGAUCACAUCCAACCCUAUACUUACCUCCCAUUCGGUUCGGGUCCACGAAAUUGCAUUGGAAUGCGAUUCGCGUUAUUGGAGGCAAAGCUCGCGUUGGCGAAGAUCUCGCAUUCGUUCCGCUUCUCCAGAGUCACCGACACUGACGUCCCCGUCGUCUACACUACGGUCCUCUUCGGCUCAUUAAAACCCAAACGGCUUGUUGUGGGCGUUCACAAGCGAUAG